GGGACGGAGGUGGCGCGCUAGUUGCAGCCGUGCAGGACUGCAAGGGGGAGGUCGCGACCCACGGCAAUCUUUCAAUCUUGAACAUCUCAAGUCACCUAGGACUUAUAUUCAAGCUGAUAUUCAGAAACAUUCAAGAUGGUCAAGUUCACACAAGUGGAGCUCCGAGAAAUGAUGGACAAGAAAAAGAACAUUCGUAAUGUGUCUGUUAUUGCUCAUCUGAGCCAUGGCAAGUCUACCCUUACAGAAUCUCUUGUGGCAGCUGCUGGGAUGAUUAGACAUGGAGGUGAUGUUCAAGUUCCCAUGGCUGGUAGUCAUGCAGAUGUAGCAGAGCCUGCGAUGUCCAUCAGAUCUGCUGGCACUUCUCUUUUGUAUGAGAUGAAGAAUGAUUCGUUCAAGUCUUGCAAAGGUGAAAGAGAUGGUGACAAAUACCUGGUCAACCUUAUUGAUUCACCUGGGCACACUGAUUUUUCUUCAGAAGUCACAACUGCUCUUCGUGUUACUGAUGGUGCUAUGUUGGUAAUUGAUGCACUCGAGGGUGUCUGUAUGCAAACUGAAGCUGUUCUGUGCCAGGCCCUUAAUGAGAUGGUUAAACCUGUUCUUUGUCUCAACAAGAUGGACAAGUUAUUCCCUGCCCUCCAAAUUGAAAGUGCAAAACCUGAAUCUAUAGAGGGCAAGUUAUUCCCUGCCCUCCAAGAUGAUGGUGCAGAACCUGAAUCUAUGGGUGAGGAAGCCUACAGAAUUCUGUCCAAUGUCAUUGAGAAUUCCAAUGAAAUUGUGAAAGCAUGUGAUGCUGAGCGCCUUGGUGAUGUCCAAGUCUACCCUGAGACCUCCUCUGUUGCCUUUGCUUCUGGUUUACAUGGUUGGGCAUUUACUAUCGCUAGCUUUGCUAAGAAGUAUGCCUUAAAGUAUGGAGUCGAUGAAGCUAAAUUUGCAAAGAGGCUUUGGGGUGAUUAUUUUUUUGACUCUACAACAAAAGAAUGGACCAGUAAGAACAGUGGCCCCGACCGUUGCAUUAGAGGCUUCGUACAGUUAUGCUAUAGUCCAAUCAACACAGUUCUCAUGGCCUGCAUGAAUGACAAUAAGGGUGAAUUGUGGGAUCUUUGCCACAAGCUUGGGGUGAACUUGAGGGAUGAUGAGAAGGACCUAACAGGUUUGGCUCUUGUGAAGUGUGUCAUGCAAACUUGGCUCCCAGCCAGUACUGCUCUGCUUGAGAUGAUGAUCUGCCACCUCCCCUCUCCGUUAGAAGCACAGGAAUAUCGUGUGGAGAACCUGUAUGAGGGCCCCCUUGAUGAUAAGUACGCAGAAGCUAUUAAACAAUGUGAUCCUGAAGGUCCUCUUAUGCUGUACGUUUCCAAGAUGGUUCCAGCAUCUGAUGUGGGCAGAUUUUUCGCGUUUGGUCGUGUCUUUUCUGGAAGGAUUGCAGCUGGCAUGAAGGUCCGGGUCAUGGGGCCUUCCUAUGUCCCCAGCAUGGAAACUGAUUUGUUCGUGGAGUCUGUCCAGCGUACCAUUAUAUGGAUGGGAAAGAAUCAAUGUGACGUUCCGGAUGUUCCUUGUGGUAACACAGUUGGACUGAUUGGUCUGGAUGCAUCUAUAACAAAGAGUGCUACCCUGACAAGUGAGAAGGAGGUUGAUGCACACCCAAUCAGAGCAAUGAAGCUCCCUGUAUGCCCUCUGAUGUUUGUUACAGUUAACUGCAAGGUUCUGUUUGAGUCUCCCAAACUUGUACAAGGUUUGAAGCGUCUGGCGAUGUCUGAUCCCGUAGUUCUGUGGAGCAAGAUAGAGCCUGGUACCUAUACGGUUGCUGGAGUGGGAGAGCUUCAUCUGGAAAUUUGCUUGAAGGAUCUACAGAACGACUUUAUGGAUGGUGUUGAAGUUGUUGUUUCCAGUCCGCCUGUUGUUUCCUUCCGUGAGACUGUUCGCAAGUCUUGUGAUCCCGUGAAGAGUGUGCCCAGAAACAAUAAAAUCCAAUGCAGCCUGUCUCUGGUAGCCCGCCCCUUGCAUGAAAAACUAGUCGAUGCUAUUGAGGAUGGUCGCUUCGGUCCACGCACUGAUCAUGUGGUACGAUCUGAGAUCCUUUCUAAGCAUGGUUGGGAUAAGGAUCUCGGCGAUAAGAUCUGGUGCUUUGGUCCUGAUGCUGUUGGCCCGAAUGUGAUUGUUAAUAGGUGCAAUAUAAAACAGAAUGAUCUGGAGUUAGCGAAGGAAGCUAUUGUGGCUGGCUUCGAGAUGGUGGCAAAAGAAGGUGCAUUGGCAAAAGAAAGGAUGCAUGGCAUAUGCUUUGAGGUUCAUGAUGUUAGUAUACGUGUUGAUGAAGCUUUGAGAGGUAAAACUGCUCAGCUCAAUGAGAUGGUUAGGACAGCACUUAUUGAGUGUCAGCUCGCCGCCAAGCCGAGGCUUCUCGAACCCACCUACACUGUGGCGAUCCAGUGCCCUGAGAGUGCCCUCAGCACUAUCUAUGGAAUUCUCCAUCAGAGGAAAGCUUCCGUGUAUGAGGACUUCGUAAGAGAAGAAACGACACUGCACAUCCUGAAGGCUUACGUUUCAGUUUAUGAUUCCUUUGGCCUCUCCAAGGCAAUCAGUACUGCAACAAAUAAGCUGGUCAUGCCGCAGUGUAUUUUUGAAGAGUGGAGCGACAUGUGUUCUGAUCCUUUCCAAGCAAAAUGCACUGGCUGGGCAAAUGGUCUUGGAUAUCCGCAAGAGGAAGAAGAUGGGCAGGCCCUCUUUCCAGAAGUAGCCCUAGCUUUAAUUGAUUUAACGUACGUAUGUUGUUGUUGUGAUUUGGCAUGUUCUGAGUGCGCUAUUCUCCUUGCGAGCAUGCAGUGCUGGGGUUCACUCCACUUGAUCGAUCGCCAACGACAUCACCCCUGAAGGGAGGGGCUGCUGCUCCCCCUAGCUAGGUAGGUCUAAUGGAACUGGCUUUUCACACUGAGCUGAACUGUUUAGCGUCGUUGCUGCCUCAAGUGUUAAGAAGGAAAUUGGUGUCAAUGUACCUGAUGUCGCGAUGUUGCUCGAUCAGCAAGUGCUAUCCGUUGAGGAUUUUGCAUGCUGCCCUACGUCUUCUUCCUGAUCGAGUGCCCUAGUUUUUGCUAAAUACUACAUGCCAUGUGUACUGAUCUUAGUGGAUGGAGUCUCUGUAGUGAUCGCUCGGCAAACCUGGUUAUAGACGCCGUUGCUCUGCAAGUGCUAGCCGUAGAGGAUUUUGCAUGCUGCUCUACAUCUCCUGAUGGACUGCCCUAGUUUUUGUUGAAUGUUUGGUUCCAAUUUUGGCCAGUCAUGCCAUGUACUAGAAUUGAUCUCAGUGAA